GCGGAGCCGUCUCUCCGGCCGCCGUGUGCCCGCCUGGCUCUUGUCCUGAUAUUACUCCGCUGGCAUGGAGGAGGAGGAGGGGACUGGAGCGCGCGAUCAUUGUGAUGGUGGCUGCAGCCGCCGCCGCCGAGAGCGAGCCACACAUUAGCGCGUCUGUAGGAUUUCCCUCAACACGCACGACUUUCUGAACUGCACACCUUUCUUUGUUCACGCUCGGGAGGAGGGAAUUUUCUUAACGCGCGAGAGCAGCAAAUGAACAGCACACGGCGAAUGAAAUGAAAUGCAAAGUUCACGAAACUACUACUCGGGAGCGCCUUGGCUGCGGACGGGGAAACUUUUUUUCUCUCCGAGAAGGACGGCGCGAUAAACCGGUGGACUGUUUGAUGGAGCGCUAAAGCGGCCAGAGCGCAGCCUGACGGCGGACUGAGGUCGCUCGCCUCCCGGUCGCUCCUCUGCGCUUCUUCCUCCCGGUGUCGGCUUUAAGCUGCGGGGAAACGGUGGAUGGUUGACACGGCGAUAUUCCCACAGGAACGCUGCGUUAUUUGUCGUUUCCAGUCUUUCUCCCCGGUCUCUCUAUCCAGCCAGCCCCGGUGUUGGAGAGGGGAGUCCGGGCUGGGUGGAGGUGGUGGUGGUGGUAUCGGGAAGGGGGGAAAGCUUUGACAAAACUUCUUCUUAAAAAAAAAAACCUUGUACGCAGGAGCGCAGAUGAUGAUGGGGGAUUUCUCCGGACCCGCUGCCUCUAACGGCGGCGGUGUUUGCAUCAACAGCGGCGGUAACGUGAACCUAAGCGCCGGUAGCAACACCACAACUAGUAAUAACUGUAAUAGCAAUAGCGGUGUCGGUCCUGGAGCUGGAACAGGAGCCGGUGCAGGAGCUGGAGUGCCGAAACACAGCACAGUAGUGGAGAGGCUUCGGCAGAGGAUCGAGGGCUGCCGGCGGCAUCACAACGCCUGCGAGGCCCGAUAUCAGCAAGCGCACGCCGAGCAGCUGGAGCUGGAGCGCCGGGACACGGCGGCUCUGUAUCAGCGCACCCUGGAGCAGAGGGCCAAGAAGGGCAAACAACAACAAAGCAAGCAGCAAGAUCCGAGCGAUUCCUCGGAGCAACGGAACAACACACUGAUCGCGCUUCAGGAGACCGUCAAAAGAAAAUUGGACAGUGCUCAGUGCAGAUCACCUUUAAAUGGUGACCAGAAUGGGAUCUGUGAUGGAAGCUACUCUCCAACUACAAAGAGGCUGCGUAAGGAAGGUAACAGUGGACUGGAUUCUCUGGGCACUUUGCCCAACAGUGUACCCCCAAUCUCUCCAUUACACCAAAUGGACAUCAAGCCCACGUUACCUACAGGCAACAACACGACGUCUAACAACGCAAUUGGUAAUGGUAAUGCUGGGACCAACCACAUUACAGGACGAACAGAGGAACUGGGUAAGAAUGGCGGCAUGCCGGACAUUAAACUGAACGGAUCUUUGGAUCUGGACGAUGGUUUUAGCCUUCUAAAGGACAUGAAACAAGAGCCUCUAGACGACGCAACAGGGAUCGAAUCUUCAGACACCUCGCUGUCAAAUCAGAACAAGUUGUUCUCUGACAUUAACUUGAAUGAUCAAGAGUGGCAGGAGUUGAUUGACGAUCUAGUGAACACUGUUCCAGAAGACGACAUGCAUGAUCUCUUCAGUGAAGAUUUCGAGGAGAAGAAGGAGGUUAGUGAUUUCACCCGGCCCACAACAGAGCAAACACAGAAUCUGCAAGAACCUGUACCUCCUCCAGUUGCCACAGCACCCAACAAUCCACCACAGACACAAGGCGGACAGAUGGGCUCUCCUCAGGUUCGCCCAGCUUCUUCUGGACCACCGUUUGCCACUGCCGCCAACGGCACCCCACCCCAACAGCCCUUGCAGCAGUCUCCUGCAGUUGCUAUGGCAUCUGGAUCUCCUGCUAGCUGCAUUGCUCGUUCUCCCCAAACUCCCACACAGGCCCAGACACAGACCUCCAGACCUGGGAAUGGAUUUAUGAUGAAUCCUGGUCCUGGUGUGGGUCCCCCAGGGUCAACAACGGUAGCACCAGUAGGUCCUGGAACGGGAGGAGCAAGUGGACCAGUCCCGGUUCCUGUUCCACCAACCACUGAACUCUCACCGGCUGAACAGCUAAAGCAGAUGGCAGCACAACAACAGCAACGUGCCAAGCUCAUUCAGCAGAAACAGCAGUCACAGGCAGCUAGCUGGUCCCCUGCCGGAGCACCAACAAGCCCUUAUGGUGGUCCCUUCAACCCUGAUAAACCAAAUAGCCCCAUGAUGUACCCACAAGGCUUCAAUGCCACUAAUUCAAUGGUGCCCAAACCCGGCAUGAACAACUACCUCCCACAAAACCAUAUGAACAUUAUGAACCAGCAACAGCAGCAGCAACAAUCUGCCAACAUAGCUGCUUGUUCAAGGCAUUCUGGGCAGCCGUCUUAUAACAACACCAAACCAUUAAGUCAUUUCAGCGGCGUUGACCACAUGAGUCAGCGAAUGACCCCCCCAAUGGCCAAUCAAGUCAAAAAUCCAAUGAUGCCCUAUAUGCAGGGGACAGGAGGACAGGGUGGCGGGCCACCCCCUUCUCAAGGUCCCAUGCCUGGGCAGACAGCACAUCUGACUGAAGAGCAGAAGAGGAUGAUGAUGAUGAAGCAGAAGGUGCUUGGUCAGGGUUUGCCAUACAGUGCGAUGCAGCAACAUGCACAGGAGCAGGGCAUGGUCGGGAUGCCGCGCCAGGCUGGAGGUGUCCAACCCCCUCACGGAGGUCCAGGAGGUGUGCCCUCGGCUGGCCCUAAUGGGGCGGGGCCAGGUGGUUACCUGGGCAACCAGCAGCAGCAGCAAGCAGCCAUGAUGAAGCAGAUGAUGGCUAUGGAGCAGGAGAAGAGGGUUCAGCUUCACCUGAUGGAGCAGCAUAAAGUUCAGCUCCUGCGGGAACAGAGACAACAGCAGCACCACCACCUACUGGCGGAGCAGUUACAGCAGCAGCAGCAACAGCAGCAGCAGCAGCAUCUCCCGAGGCAAAUGAGUCAAGCACAGAGAAACCCGUAUCCUCUCCAACAGUUUCAAGGCACACAGCAGGAGAUGGCGGCAAGGAACCAGGCGAUUCAGAGCAUGAGGAACGCUCGCCUCCUACAGCAGCAACAGCAGCAGAACCAAGGCAUGCUACAGAUGGCACCAGUUCAGAAUGCUGGUCCCAUGCCCACUCAGGGCGAGAUGAGCAUGGCCUAUGGAAGCCAGGCAGGGACGCAGGCAGCCAUGUACCAGGGCAUGAACUCGGGGAUGGGUCCGAUGCUCCAGCCACAGCAUCACCCCAACCAGGCUGGCAUGGCCAUGGCACAGAGACCUGCGGGCACGGGCGCCCAGGGAAUGGUGGGGGGUGGAGCUGGAAGUGGAUAUGGGCAGGGCAUGAUGAUGAACCCUGCCCUCUCUCAACAGCAGAUGAAGCAGGCUGGGCAGCCAAUGGCCAAAGCCCAAGCUCAGAGACUGCAAAGCAUGAUGGGAGCGGGAGGUCAGGUAUGGCCCCAGCAGCAGCAGCAGCAGCAGAAUAUGCAGGCCAUGAGUGGAAGGACUACAAACGAGAUGGUUGCAUUUAACAGUAACCCUGCAUACGUCAUGCAAGGCGGGCAGCCAUCAAGGAUGCCCAAGCAGCAUUUCAGCCAAGGUAUGGGUGGUCAGGGCAUGGUAGACCCACGGGCCAUAAACCCAGCAAGCAUGGGUGGACCUAUGAUGCCUCACAUGGCAGGCCAACCAAGGACCACUCAGCCACGGGGAAUGGCAAUGUCGGGUAUGGGUCAGGCUGUACCCAACAUGGCUGCUUUCGGACAGGGCUCCACACAGGCCAUGGCAGGGGCAGGACCAGGCGGAGGGGCCUAUAUGACAAGCGGGCAGUCACAAGGCUACCAACGGACAUCAAGUCAAGACUUGGGUUACAAUUAUGCUGGCCAAUCAGGGACCGGGAGUGGGGUCUCGUUUGGCCUGUCAGAAAGUGCAGAGCUGGACUCAACGGACGGUUGGAUGGAGGAAUUUUUCCCCAGCCAAUAGCCAAUGUAGAAAUUGUUUGGGGGUGGGGGACCUUUGAGAUGGACCAGAAAAGUUUUUUUUUUUUUUUUUUCUCCAUCAAAAAGGAAAAUGAAAAUCAUUUCUAGACGGCGUGUUUUUGUUUUUUUUUUUUUUAUUAUUUUUGGUUUAUUGGUACCAUUUAAUAUAAUGGGAAAAUUAUUACAUGUUGUGUAUUGUAUGUGUGAUGUCACUAUAUUUAAACCAACAAUCUCUAAGCUCUGAUUCUAGCUAGAAGCCAAGUCUCUUUAGACUUCGUCUUGCGUCCUUCGUCAUCUUUUCUUCGUCAUCUUUUCAAGACCUUUUAGGAACGACAGUGUAAAACCUAAAUUAAUUGUGAAAUAGAAAGAUUUUUUCCCCAGUGUUUAGACCAGAUGUUGGUUUUUACUCUCAACUCUGUCUGUUUAGUCAAUGAUGAAUUCUGAAAUGUGUGAGAGUGUUUUUAAAAAAAAAAAAUUAAAAAAAAACAAAAAAAAAAACAACAGCACCAUCACCAACAGUUCCCUUUGCUCUGAUAGUGAUUCAAAGAGCCAGCAGUUCCACUUCCACUGCAUUCUCUCUGCAAACAUCAUCGCUAAACACCUCACAGUCUUUACUCUCAGCACAUGCAUCACCAGUGUUUGUGUGCUUUAACUAAUCGAAGAGACUUGGCAGCUACAAAUUUGUCUCUCCACCUAAAAUCUGAAGGCUGGAGAACAUUAUGUUUUCUUGUAAGUCAUAUGGCAGCUAGGAACACAAGCAUGGCAUCGUCUCUCCCACAUGGGCCAGAAACACACAGUCCUCUAAAGUAACGUGCAGCCAAACACACAGAUUAGAUCCAACCUUCGAAAAUAACAGCUUCUACAAGUGACUUGUGGCAGUUAGAAAGGCUUUCACAUAGCAGUGUGAACACAAGAACGAUCACUUGUCUGAUCGCUUUCUAAGUUCACGAAAAAAAAAAUGCUUUUUUCCUUUUAUUCAUUUGACAGAUGCGUUUAAUUCAAAGCAUAAAGCUGAGCGUUAAGGAACUAAGAGCUUGGGUAGAAAUACUUUUCUUCUGAUAAACUAUAAUCUGAUGUUAAGUAUCAGAUUGAUACAUGAUUAGUUUGAAUAAAUUGAAUAGUUUAUAUAAAACAAGUUCUUAACGUGUUUUGCUCUGUCGGCUUUGACGCAGCGUCAUCACCUGACUUCACUCAGAGCAGAAAGCCAUCAGUUAGCGUCAGUACGUUCUUUACGACCAACCUGCGAUGGGAGAAAAGACUGUUCGGAGAUGACACGGACCAUGAAGGCUAUAUUCAUAAAACUUUAUAACUGUGCUUAUAGCGCUCCAUAAAUUUGGUAACAAUCAUUUGGUAACAAUCAACAAACAAUCGUUUUUUUGUUGGAAAUUUCAUAUUUAGGUUUUGUAACUUCUGUAAACUUUAGAAUGUGACGGAAACAAAAUUUCAAAGUAAUUACAGAGUAGGUUAAAUGGUGACUGUAGUAAAAAUUAUUAAUGGUGUGUCUAUAUUUGAAAUCUCACCAAAAAAUGCUUAGCAAUAAACAAUGAAGCUACAAAAUCGAUCCUGAGCUCGGGUUACAGUCGAGGUGGUGAUUUGCGUGUUCUUCCAUCUGCAUCUGGGUUUUUUUUCUGGUUCUCCAGUAUGUCCAUCCUCCCUAAAAACAUAGAGCAGGAGGAUGAGCUACACUAAAUUACUCCAGACCGGCGUUUCAUCCGUGAUGUAUUUCCACCAUGACUCUGACCAGGAUUACUGAAAAAUGACUUAAUUAAUGACUACAUUUAUCAACACUAGUAACUAAAUAAUUUUCACAAUAACGUCAUUUUAAACAUCUUAAAUAAAUUACAUUAAAGACUAAUGACAAUAAUUUGAAAAUGAAACCGUUUCAAACCGUAAAUAAAUUUCUCCUCAAAUUACAAUCCCAUGUUUUCACUAUUACGACAGAUUAUCUAAGUGAGCGUCAGCAGUCCUGCUUGUCACAGAUUCAUAAUUAAUUUCGAUUUAGUAAAAUAGUAUUUGAGUUAAUAAGACUUUUUUUUUUUUUAUUGACUUUUACUAUUUAUCCAAUUCCUACCAUCAUAAGCACAGUUAUGAUGAUUUAUGAAUAUAAAUUCUGACUGUUUUUUCCUUGACUGAUGUUAAAAUGUCACAGAAAUAACAAAAAAUAAACACAUUGCAGAUCGGUCCUGUAUUCAGUGACCUAGUAAGUCUUUCAAUCCAGCCUGAUUGUCUUAAGUCUCUGAGGAAUAUAAUACGCCGACUGCGUCUAUUUUCGUUUCAUCUCGUUGUUGUUAUCUGAAGGAGGAACCAUGCGCCACGUCUGCAGAGUUUCAGGACGGUGAAAGUGUUACAGUAUUGCUCUUACUAUUGUAAUAACCAUGAAUUCCCUGCUCUCUCCAUCCUCUUCCUCCUUAUAUCUCAACUUCUCCGGGACCAAGUCACACACGCAACGUAUCGUCUGUUCUGUUCUGUUCUGUUAUUUCCGUCAGUCAUCGAUGAUGAUGUUGUCUUUUCAGCUUUUAUUUUGUACUGGUGCUGAUUAUAUAUAUAUAUAUGUGAUGAAAAAAAAAGAUUCUAUAUAAAUAUUAUAUAUAUAUAUAAAUAUAUAAAUAUAUGAGAAUGGCUAUAUGUAAAUAUGUUUCUACUGCUUUAAAUACACCAGAAAAGUGUGUCUCUACUUUCUGUAAAGAUAUAACUGUUGAAGAUAGAGUAUUUUUAUUUCUUUUUUUUUUUUUUUCUUCUUCCACUUUUAAACUCAUCCUAAGCUAUACCAUUGCACUUCAGACAAUGUCUUACUACUAAUGGGUAAUGUAAACCUUCUCUGAGUUUUAUUUCGAAGGGAUUUUUUUUUCUCUAGAUGGAGAAUUUCGAGCUGUACCUAAUGCAGUGCUUUUACUAUCUUCCCUUGUACAUAGUUACGAAAAAUGUUAACAGCAGAGACUUACAAAAAGGAAGAAUUUUUUUUUUUUUAUUUGUUUGUUUGUUUUUCAGAAAAAUACAAUAAAGAGAGUUUUCUCGCUGAUCCUAUUAAAUGAAACGUGCUCUCCUUGACUUGUUCCACCUGCAGCCAAAAAGCUUGGGAAUAUGAUGGGCAGGAAAAGAAAAAGACAAAGACAGAGAAAAUGUCUGCUUCGUCUUAAAAUGUAAAAGCAGACAGAUUAGUUUUAAGGUCAAGUAAUUUUUAUAAAUGGCAUUAUAUUUUAAUUAUGUAAAGCUGCUGAUACCAAGGUAUGACAUUUUAAAAUUUGGAGCCAUUUAAUAACAUUUCAGAAAGUCUGAGAUGUUUGAGCUCUUAAUAUUACUUCUUACUUUGAUCUAAGAUGAUGUUCCUGGUCGUCCAGCAGCAGGGUCCUGCUCUCACCGAUGU